UUUGUACACUCUUUUCGGACCUCUACCUAGACCAUCCGCAACAGGAAAAAAAGAAAUUACGAUAUAAAAAUUCCUCCCCUUCCAAAUGCCAAAUGAUAAUCUAGAAACCACCUACCUAGCAAAGCCUCUCGGAUGACCGUCCUCCAACCGCACACCAAACAAGGUCGAACCUAGCAUUGAUGUGCUGAUACACAGAAUCCUUCUCCACCACGGUCCCCUGCUCGGUCCAGAACUAUGGGACGAUUGGUGCGACCGGUCCACGAGCUGAACGGCCAAGCCAAGCCUCAACACCUCCCAAAGCAGCCCACUUUUGGCACAAUCCCGUGCUUGCACCUGCUUUUACCCCCCACCGCCCGCCAAGACGUCCCCAGGCUAUGCUAUGCUGGCAAGGGCUGAGCUGUGAUUUUUGGCUGGUUCAAGGGAAAGAAGCUUUGUGCGGUUGUGCAAUCUGAUACCUGACUGUAUUCUUCUUUGUUCUACUGUGGGUAAUUGACGGCACCCGGACUUUUGGUGCUUUGGAGAAAUUCCUUACCACCUAACCCUCGUCGAAAUCUGAGACAACUUUAAGCAAAGGUUGAGAUGCAAAUUAUGGAAAGUUUCUUACAGUACUGUGCCCCGUAGAUGGCAAGUUGAAUUUCUCCCAGCUUAGCUUACGUGUAAAAAGUUCAGUGUUGAAAAAGGUUUUUGUGGCUUAGGUUUAUGCGAAUUUGCAUUCCACGUAGGCCAGUUACGAUUUAGGAACGUCACGCUUCCACAAUCCGACGGGAAACGCAAUCAAUGUCAGUCUGCGAUUUCGUGUUGUCCUCACUGGGAGGUGCCUGCCAAAGUUUGAGUGGGACGACUUGACG